AUGCCCUUACUUUUGGAUUUUCAUUCGGAGAAAGACCCCAUCAGAGAGUGUCAAGAGCUUCUAAGACAGCACCAGUGUCUCGUGGUUAUUGAUGGUCUCCGGUCUAAAGAAGAAUGGGACUUGAUACAGGCUGCCUUGGUAUCCAGAUCUUCUACAAGUGUUAUCAUCGUCAUUACAACUGAGGCAAGCGUCGCCACAUACUGCGCAAAUAACAAAGAGCAAGUGCUUAAUGUGAAAGGUCUGGAAGCUGCUGCAGCCUUUGAUCUCUUCAGGAAAGAGGUACGCAAGAAGGCGUCGUCUUCGUCUUUAAAUAAUCACAAAGAUUCAGCGCUGGAUGAACUUAUUUUGAAGUGUGGAGGUCUUCCCAAAGUGAUAGUUGCCAUAGCUGCUGUACUAGCCACGCGGACGGUGGGAUUGAUGGAUACUGUACAUUCCUUGAAUCACAGAUUUAUGCAGCAUCUAGAGACCAAUCUGGAGUAUGAUAGUCUGCGAGCCCUAUUUGAUUGGAUGCAUUCCUACUUCCGUAAUUGUCCGGAUUCACUCAAGCCAUGCAUCUUUUAUCUAUCAAUUUUUCCUGAAGGUUGUAACAUUAGGCGCAGGCGGCUAGUUAGGAGGUGGAUUGCAGAGGGUUACUCUAGGGACAACGAGAAAAGAUCCGCUGAGGAGCAGGGUGAGAAGUUCUUCUCCAAGCUCCUCGCGCUGAGCAUAAUCCAGCAGAUACCAGAGGUCGGCACCACUGCCUUUGGUGAGACAAGGAUGGUAAGGUGCCAGGUCACUGGCUUCAUCCGUGAGUACAUCGUCUCACGGAGAAUGGAAGAGAACCUUGUGUUUGAACUCGGGCCCAAUUGUGCCCUAACGACCCAGCGAACAGGGCACCACCUUAUCAUACACAGAGACUGGGACAGUGACAGGAUUGUAUUCGAGAGCAUUGACUUCUCACGGCUACGGUCAAUGACAGUGUUUGGAAAGUGGGAAUCCUUCUUGAUCUCGAAAAACAUGAGGCUGGUUCGGGUGCUUGAUUUGGAGGAUGCAUCAGCUGUCAAGGAUGAAGACCUCAGGAAGAUUGUGAAGCGGCUGCGGCGCCUUAAGUUUCUCUCUUUACGAGGAUGCAGCGAUAUCUUCCAUCUGCCGAGUUCACUUGGUGUUCUGAGCCAGCUCCAGAGCCUGGAUGUGAGACACACCUCCAUUGUCACCCUGCCAACCAGCAUCACCAAGUUACACAGGUUGUAG